AAACUACUAUGACGACAGAGAGGAGUGUCUGUCUGUCUCUCUCUCUGUCUGUCUCUCUCUCUCACACACACACACACGCACAGAGAGCGCGCGCGCCGGUGUUUGUGAUGGAGCCAGCUAACUAGGAAGCGCGUCUACACUUUGAAGUAAAACACAACGAAAGAAGCAGCAAUUAGCGCUGAACGCUGCGUCUGUGAGCCUCUGUAACACCGAGCCAACAGGGGGUUUCGAUAUGGUUCUUGUCAAACUGCUUCUCACGCUUUGCUUCCUGCCGGAUAUCACAGGUAAAUUUGGAAACCGCUUGAACAAAUACAUUCGUCAUUAUGAAGGUCUAUCGUACGACACAGUGGCGCUGCACAGCAGUCACCAGAGAGCCAAGAGAGCGCUCUCUCCUCAGGACCGGGCAGUGCACCUGGACUUCCACGCACAUGGAAGACAUUUCAACAUACAAAUGAAGAAGGAUGCAACUCUGUUUUCUCCAGAUCUCGUCAUUGAGAUAUCAGGAAAGGAGACACCUGUUGAUACAUCACAUAUUUACAGUGGAGAAAUCUUUGGUGAAAAGGGUACGUUGACCCACGGCUCUGUGGUCCACGGCCGCUUUGAGGGAUUUAUUAAAACUCACCAAGGAACAUAUUAUGUUGAACCCUCAGAGAGGUACCUGCAGGACAACGCCGGGCCUUUCCAUUCUGUCAUCUAUCACGAGGAUGACAUCGAUUAUCCUCAUAAAUAUGGCUCAGAGGGCGGCUGUGCUGACCACUCUGUGUUUGAGCGGAUGAGGAAGUACCAGACAGCAGCAGUGGAAGAUCCAGCCAAAGUGUUGAACCGUGUGUUGGAAGAGGAGAGCGUACACGGUCCUGUCAUUCUGAGGAGUAAGAGAGCGGCUGGGAAAGAGAAGAACACGUGUCAGCUCUUCAUCCAGACUGAUCACAAGUUCUACGACCGCUACGGCUCAAGAGAGGCGGUCAUUGCCCAGAUUUCCAGCCAUGUGAAGGCCAUUGACUCCAUUUACCAGGGCACAGACUUUAUGGGCAUCCGAAACAUCAGCUUCAUGGUUAAAAGAAUCAGGAUAAACACCACCGCUGAUGUAACCGAUUCAUCCAAUCCUUUUCGCUUUGGAAAUAUCGGAGUGGAAAAGUUUCUGGAGCUCAACUCUGAACAGAACCAUGAUGACUACUGUCUGGCCUACGUCUUCACUGACAGAGACUUUGAUGAUGGUGUGCUUGGCUUGGCUUGGGUUGGAGCUCCUUCAGGAAGCUCUGGGGGAAUCUGUGAGAAGAGCAAACUGUACUCUGAUGGGAAGAGGAAAUCUCUGAACACUGGGAUCAUCACUGUGCAGAACUAUGCCUCUCAUGUUCCCCCUAAGGUGUCACACAUCACCUUUGCUCAUGAGGUUGGCCACAACUUUGGCUCUCCUCAUGACUCUGGGUUUGAAUGCACCCCGGGAGAGUCCAAGUUACAGGACAAAAAGGAGCAGGGCAACUAUAUCAUGUAUGCCAGAGCCACGUCGGGGGACAAGCUCAACAACAACAAGUUCUCCAUCUGCAGCAUCCGCAAUAUCAGCGCUGUUCUGACAAAGAAGAGAAACGAUUGUUUUGUUGAGUCAGGACAGCCUAUCUGUGGAAAUGGAUUAGUGGAAACUGGAGAGGAGUGUGACUGUGGCUACAGUGAUCAGUGCACAGACCCCUGCUGCUUUAAUGCUAAUGAGGAGGACGGCAGGAGGUGUAAACUCCAACCGGGCAGAAUCUGCAGUCCCAGCCAGGGUCCGUGUUGCACAGCUCAGUGUAGCUUUAAAGGUACAAAUGAUAGUUGCAGACCGGAUUCUGAGUGUGCCAACGAGGGUAAAUGCAAUGGAGCGACUGCUCAGUGUCCCGCCUCAGAACCAAAGGCCAACUUCACAUCGUGCCAUUCAGAAACACAAGUCUGCCUCAAAGGGGUCUGCUCUGGUUCCAUCUGUGAGAAGUAUUCUCUGGAGGUUUGCACCUGUGCCAGCCAGGACAACAAGGACGAGGCCGCGGAGCUGUGCCACGUGUGCUGCAUGGAAAAGACCGACCCCAGCAGCUGCAGCAGCACAGGCUCAGAGAAGUGGACUGAGUUCUUCAACAACACGGUCAUCACGCUGCAGCCAGGCUCACCCUGCAAUGACUUCAAGGGAUACUGCGACGUGUUCACGAGGUGUCGUCUGGUGGAUGCUGACGGGCCGCUGGCUCGGCUAAAGAAAGCCAUCUUUAAUGCAGAGCUCUAUGAAAACAUUGCAGGUUGGAUAGUGGCUCAUUGGUGGGCGGUGUUGUUGAUGGGCAUCGCUCUCAUUAUGCUCAUGGCCGGCUUCAUCAAGAUCUGCAGUGUCCACACCCCCAGCAGCAACCCCAAACUGCCCCCGCCAAAGCCACUGCCAGGGACGCUGAAACGGAGACGACAGCAGCAGCAGCAGCAGCAGCAGCAGCAGCAGCAGCAGCUGCAGCAGGGACACCCUCAGGCUCAGCGUCACCACCGUCAGUACAGAGAGGAUUACCAGAUGGGACAGAUGAGACGCUGAGUCUCUGCUCUUUGCCUCGGUUCUUCUUAGUGCCUACACUCCAAAGAGUUCCCUUUACUACAAAGAUUUACAAACAGUUUGACUGGACAGAGCCUGACCUUUAUUUUUUUUACGCACCUCUGCUCUGAGAGCUCGAUUAUCAGCAGUUUCAGGAGGAACAGGAGCAAACUUCACAGAUCUGUGAUGUCAGUCUUGUUUUUGGAGGAGAGAGAAGCCUCUUUGUGUUGGAGUCGUCUUCCCUCGUCCUCUGCCUGUGCAGUCUUUGUCUUUCCUGUUCUUCCUCCUUGAAGUGCUGCCAUCAGCAGGUCACCCGCAGGACUGCAAGAUGCAUGAGCUUCCGCUUCCAAUCGAAAACGUGGUUGAAACUUAAUGCUUUUGCCAAUAAGAUUAUUUUAAUUUAAAUUCAGUUCCUCUCGUCUGCAGUAGAAUUUUCUCUGCUCUUCUGUUUGAAGAUGAUUUACUGUUUGAAUUCACGUUCUCAGGAUUAAUAAACAACAGCAGACAGUUUAAGACGGUUUAAAACGGCUGCAUGUGAUUUCACACGUUCAUGUUGUGUGUGUGUGUGUGUGUGUGAACGUCGUCGUCGUCUCAGUCUGAAGAGACUGUCGAUGAGACCAAUGGUGAGAUUUAAACCCUGUUAACCACUCAAAUGUUCCAGCCUCUCGGCCUCUGGAGUCAGAUGAAGAACCGUUCAGGUUUAAAUGUGAGCAGCAGAAAUUGCUUUUAUUGAUUUUUACUUGCAGCUCAGAGUAUUUGUAAAUGUGGAAGAAAUGAUUUCUUCUGCUGCUGUUGCUCUUAACAGACUUUUACCAGAGUGAACAAUCGUCUGUUUCUUCCUCUCCUCUUGGUUUGUGUCACUGCAUUAAAAAUGUGCCUACUAGAGAAUAGUGUGACUCAGGUCUGUGACUAAAGUCAGUGACUGAAGUCUGUGACUGAAGUCAGUGACUGAAGUCAGUGACUGAAGUCUGUGACUGAAGUCUGUGUCUGAAGUCUGUGUCUGACCUGAACCAGUGAAUGUGCGGUGACAGUUUCUCAGACGUAGACUGAGGUUUGGCUGAUGUUUGACGUUCAUAAGAAACUAAUAACAUUUGUACUGAAGAUGAUUAUUAUUAUUAUUAUCGACCUGCAAAUGUUACAGCCGCAGAGUUUCUCAUCACAUUUGCUUUAAUGUCCUGGCGUUACUCUGCUGCCUGAUUUGAGUUGAGCAUUUAAAAACUUCACGGACAAACACACGAGUUCUCCAAGUUGUUACUGACAAAUAAUAACGUGUAUUUUAUUAAAGAAGUUAUUUUAUUAUUUAGUGAACAACUUGGACGACCUUGUUUUGGACCUUGUUAGAGUUGCUUGUGCUCAGCUUUGAUCACAGAGGACGACAGUGAACGUGUUUAUGAACAGAGUCAGAGCUUAAACUCUAUUUUUAUGAUCUUUGUGUUAACGUGUGUGAAACGAGUGCUGAAUCAUCAUCAUCUUUGUGUUGUUUUGCUUUGGUGUGGAUAAUAGUGGGUGCUUUGGUUUAAUACUCUGGAAUAUUUUUGUUUCUUUCACAUUUCUGGGAUGUGUAAGUGAUGUCAUUUAAAGAUUCAACACUGCUGUUCUUCACUUCCUUCAUUUGCAGAGCUGUUGUACAAAAAUAUCUUUUCUUUUUAAAUACUUGAAAUGCAAUAAUAAACGAGAGUUGGUCAAAACUG